UUGCCGAGUCCGCCGCCGAGAUGCCCCAGUUGUUUGCUCCGGCAAGGACGAAGACGAAGCCAAGGCCGACCCAGCCGAAGUUGCCGAACUCAAGAAGAAGGUCGACGAUCUCGAAGAAAGGCCAAGGAUGCCGACGAACUCAAGAAGAAGGUCGACGAUCUCGAAGAGAAGGCCAAGGAUGCCGACGAUCUCAAGAAGAAGGUCGACGAUCUCGAAGACAAGCUUAAGGAGCUUGCCGACAAGAAGAAGUCCAGCAGCAGCAGCAGCUCCAGCGACAAGGGCGAAGACAAGGGUGACGAAGAAGAAGUCAUCAGCCCAGCCGCCCAAGCCGCCCUCAAGGCCCUCGAGAACGAAGACACACCAGCUCUUGCAGAGCUUGCCAAGCGCGUUGACGAUCUCGAGAAGAAGCUUGCCGAUACACCAGUUGCCGAGUCCGCCGCCGAGGAUGCCCCAGUUGUUUGCUCCGGCAAGGACGAAGACGAAGCCAAGGCCGACCCAGCCGAAGUUGCCGAACUCAAGAAGAAGGUCGACGAUCUCGAAGAGAAGGCCAAGGAUGCCGACGAUCUCAAGAAGAAGGUCGACGAUCUCGAAGAGAAGGCCAAGGAUGCCGACGAUCUCAAGAAGAAGGUCGACGAUCUCGAAGAGAAGGCCAAGGAUGCCGACGAUCUCAAGAAGAAGGUCGACGAUCUCGAAGAGAAGGCCAAGGAUGCCGACGAUCUCAAGAAGAAGGUCGACGAUCUCGAAGACAAGCUUAAGGAGCUUGCCGACAAGAAGAAGUCCAGCAGCAAGCAGCAGCUCCAGCGACAAGGGCGAGGACAAGGGUGA